CAGUGUCGAGUUUGCUUUCUUCACCUGCUCACCUGUGCUGCUGAUCUUCAGAAGUUUCACUGUCAGUUUGCUGAGCUUCAGUCCAUCAUGAGCAAAGAUCAAAGAGUGGAGAAUCAGAGGGACCUGCAGCCUGAUGAGGAGAAGGAUCCCGACAUGAAGAAGCUAUCAAUGCUUCCUGAAUUACUUCUCCUCAUACUAAUGAAACAGCAACUGAAGAAGAGUGCCAGUCAGAUGUUGGUGAAGGUCGCAGAAUUAAGGUGCAGCAAUCCAACAGUCCUGAAGUGGCUCAGAGAAAAUUCACAGUCUGAAGACUUCUCCGAUCUUGCGGAGAUCUUUCAUUUCCUGAAACAAAAGAUUGAAGAAGAGCAGAAAAAGGACCACGGCAACACUGUGGACAUUAUAUUUGUUUGUCAUGGAGCCAUCAGAGAUGUGAUGAUUCCAGCCUGCUGUCUGUUGCCUUUGCCCUCCAUCACGGACGUGGUCCUCUAUGCUCCCUGGAACUGUGCCAGUGAUGCCACUCUAUCGUACGCCCUGGCCAGGGAAAAACUCAAACCCCACCACAGAGUUUUUGUCUCUCGGAAAGACAGCCGUAAAAUUCCUGCUCCUGACAAACUGCCCAACCACUGGAACUCCAUGAAGGAGGCUGGAGAACAGAAGAUCCCCAACAUCAUGGUCAGUCCUCUGAGGUCUGAUGACGGAGUGUGGAAACGAUACCAAGAGCUGCAGAAAAAACACGGACCACCAGGAAGAAACCGCAUCGUGAUUCCCUUCUUCUUCCCAGAGAGCAUUGGAAGCGUCCCGUUCUCUGUGGUCAGCCUCGCUCUGUCUCUGGUGCUGGACUCCUCCAGAUUCACAGCCACCGUCCACUUUGAUAACUGCCUUGUCGAUCAGUCCAGGGGUCAGAAGUUUGAUCCAGAGUACCUGAGGAGUCAGUACUCCUACACUGAAGACAACGUCAUCAUGACGGUUUCAGAGUACACAUUCACUGAAUCCUGGCUGGGACGUUUGGUUAACUAUUAUUUUGGUUUAUAGUUUCACAUCCAUCUGUCUGACUGUCAGCUGGACUGGAACAGAAGAUGUUUUUACUCCAAUAAUUUUCAAAAAUUCAUUUAUUUAUUUAAUUGAUCAGUUUUCUUGCUCGUUGAAUUAUAUUAAACCGGGCAAAAUGUAUUUGAUUUCUUAAAAAUUAAGAUAUUGAAUGAGAACUGUUGUAGUGAGUUUGGUUCAAGAACAGCGCACUUUAAUUUGAUGCACUUUAUAAAUACAGUGUCAUUACUGGUGUGAAAGUUUAUUAGACCUCAUUGACACAAUGCAACUUUUUCAAGUAAACUUUUGUUAUAUCUUGGGUGAUAGCUUAUGUGGCAAGAGAGCUCCAUAUUCUCCUGAGACUUAGUAGUUCUGUAGUGGAGUCAUCAUAAUAACAACCCAACUUGGUCUGGAUAUAAAUGUGUGUGUACUCGCCACUGUUAAUGCUUAUUGUGUAUUCUGCUCUGCAUGGAAAUUUUCAAGUCCUCAGAGAAAAGACCAGCUGAUUUUAACAAAAGCUUUUUAAGAAUCUUCAGAUGAAACUACUCUUUUGUUUUGUUUUUUAUAAGAUCAUUUAUUGCUAAAAUUUUUCCAAAUUAUCUGUUUUAAUUUAUUCAUACAAUGUGUCAGAUCAUGGUGAAUUAUUGAUGAGUCACUCUUUAUAAUCUACACUGACAUUGUGAAUUUUAGUAUUUUUAAUAUAGUAAAAUGAGUUUAAGGUACCUUCAACAUAUUUUUUUGUUAAUACAUGUUGUAAUACAUGUACAUGUGAUCGGGCGCUUGGGAAAGGGCUUUGUUUCAUUUGUGUGCUGUGUGUUGCUGGUUUGCCUUUGUUUUCCUUUUAUCCUUGAAUAAGCCCUUCCCAUUCACCUUGAUUGGAACCCCUGUUCACGUGAGCCUCUAGCCAAACCUGUAUUCAAUUGGCGCACCUGGGCUGUGGCAAAUUGACAGGUGCAUAAAAGGCAGUGUGGCUGUUGGCAGCAGGAGAGCAGACACAGGGCAGCAGACACGGAGGAGCAGACACAGGGGAAGCAGCGCACCGGGGAAGCAGUGCACCGGGAGAACGGCAGCCACAACACCAAGGGAGCACACUCUGGGGCCGUGAUGGAACCAGGACGGGACCAGCGGAGCGAUCCAGUUCGAGCACCACACAUUGUUGACACGCAGCGGCAGGGAGGAAACCCUGCCACGCCCGUGAGUAUUAUACUCGUCCAGUGUGGUGCUCACUACAUGGACUAGAGCGUGGAGUCACUUGGUCCCGCUUUGUGCUGGCCCGGUUUUGUACGUGGCAGGUGCCGUCCGGACGUCCCUCUGGUGACCGGAGCAACGCAGAAGGAGGAACUGCACCCCACCCCAGACGACGUUGGGAUUGUCUUGGGGAUCCAGCCUCCGUCCACGCCGGGUGGAGAAGCCCUGCCCCCAGAGCGGCACCCGGGAGCUGAUAUUGAAGUGCUUGGACCCCCCCGCAGUAUUUAAGACCCGUUUAGAAUAGUUUUGUAUUGUUUUAAUCCUUUUAUUCUUCUUUUAACACUAUUUAUAAUAUUUUAGACCAAAUAAACUGCAUCUUGUAUUUCAUUACGUGGAUUGCUCUUUGUUGGUCACACCCUGCUCUCACUCACCCAAUUUCAAUACUUUGCCGGCCACUAAUAUCCAUUUACAUCCCCCAGCGAUAACUCUUUUGAA